AUUCGGCAAUGCUCUUCUUUCAGACUCUGGCCACUGCAAUCUUUUCUACUCCGCUGAGUCCAUUUCUCGGGAGUGUCAUUUUUCUCACAUCAUACGCCAGACCAGUGAAGUUCUGGGAAAGGAAUUACAAGUAAGGCAAAGUGUUAUACAUCUGUUUACUUUAUUGUUAAAUGUUUUUGGAGCUUUCGAAAGCUUUCCUUCUAUGCCUAACAGUUCCCACAGCUUUUCUGUGGACCUUGAAGACUGCUCUGCUUAUUUUGCUACUGUUCCCGGGUAUGUUGCACCAGUGGCUGUUUGGUAGAAUGUUAGUCAUUUUGGAAAAUAAAUGUAUUUAAACAAUCAUCAGAGUGGAGUUGUCACAACCCAUUUACUGGGCAUAGAGGGCAAAACCCCCCCAAAAAACUACGGGAGUAAAUCAUAACUGCCUCAAAUGUCAACCGCUAUUGAUUCAGCAGCCGCAGUUAGAAACUAAAUCAUUUCGGCCUUUGGGCAGCAGAAGUCAAAAUGGAUUAAUACAAUUUAUGUUAGCCAGUUAAUGUUCUGUCAGAUAAGUGGCGCUGGGUGGGCAGCAAAGCUCUCACCUUUAAGGCUGAGUCUGUUAGAGCCAAACUACACAUUACAUGCAGUCAUGUGUAAGGAAACCCUGACAGUUUACUUCUUUGCUGAAAAGCAAUGUCAGCAUCAGGGGGGUAGGGUAGGGGGGUGAUUUUCCAGUCAUUUUCUCACUUUUUGGGGGGGCAGUAGGGGGAGCAGGUUGCAGCAGCUCUCUUACUCCCCACUGCUGUUCUCCCCAGCCCCAGGAUUCCAAGUACAUAUUUGCAACACCUUUCUGAAGCCCAGCCAGGGUGGUAGGGAGCCAUAGAACUGAAGUCAGAUAGGCAGGGUACAAAUAACAAAAUUAUUAUUAAGCAGCAAGGAGGGAAUGGAAAUGGGAUGGCACCCAGGGCUGGAUUUAGGUUUGAUGAGGCCCUAAGCUACUAAAGGUAAUAGGGCCCUUUAUAUGUCCAGCUGUCCUUUGUCAACAACAAUUUGCCACUGUUUUUUGUCUUGAAUAUAUGCUAUAUGGUAAUUUAUCGACCUAGUAGGUAUCUAAAGCCAUUUGCACAUAACAAAAUAUGCAUUUUAUCAAAGUAAUUGUUGAAAAGUCCAUGCAGAAUGUAGGUACCCUAUAUAUAGAAAUGAGCAAACCAGUGAUAUUUUAGGGAGCAGAUUAGCAGGCGGGGCUCAUAGGAGCCUACACAACACAAAACACUGUUGAUGUAUGUAGGUUUUAUUUUAUUUGUUUUUUAUCUUAUAUUGUGGAAAUGUACAUCCAGUUUUUUCCCCUUUAUUUUUUUGGGGGGGCCCAAAAGAGUAGUUUUUCUUUUUCUAAUAAGAAAAACAGCUUCAGAAUUUUGUUACACACACUUUUGGGCAACAUGCAACUUGCAACCACUCUGCUGCGUAUAUUCCAAGUGCAUUUCACAUGCCACAAAGCCAUCAACAUAAACUCAGUUCUAUGCCCCUAAUAUGUGCUGGUAGCCUUUCUAAUGGUAUUAUAGCUGGAACGCAUAGUAGAAUAGUUGUGGCCCACUUGCUAAGCAUGCCAUGUCGCUAUAGGUACACUGGCAAACGCCACUGUGUGCCUUCAGAAAAAUCCUAGCAAUAGGAUCACAGUGGCAAUAAACAGAAGCGCUUUUAUUUUUCUUGCUUUUCAUUCUUCCUUCCUUCCUCAUGAAAGGUAUACUAUAAAAAUGCUUGCUACACAUAUGCAUGCCAUAUGGAAACAUCUUGUGUGAAAUGAAUGCAAGUUGCGCAAGAGGAGGGCUGUCGUUUUCUGCAAACUCCCAUUUUAAGCAGGGUUGCAGGGUUUAGUUGAUUGAUUGGCCAGAUUUAUUAAUUUUGAGUAAACCUCUUAUGUUAUUUUUAAUUUACGUACCUAUAUAAUCCCCAAUGGUGGGUGCCAUCUAAGGAGAGGCAUUUGUACGGGUCUUUCAUACUCUGACAUAUUCACGCAUCACCUUAAUCCGAAGAGAAUUCUUUCAUUUUCAGAAUCAACGUGCAGAUUUAUGCAAGUUCAAUAAAUUAAUUAAUCCAUCAAAACUUAUUCAAUUAAUUAAGAUAUAUUUAAUUGGAUGGCAGCCCUCAUGUCAAGGGAUUUAUUCAAGAGACAUUCCUGAUGACUUGCAUUCUGUGCCUGCAAUGAUUUCAGUUGAUCACAUGUACACGCACGUGUGGACAUAAUGUCAAUCACAGCCUACAAGAACAAGUCAUUCAUUUUGAAUGCCUCCUGCUCCAGCGUAAAGAAUCAUUGCCCCACAUAUUCAUUCCUGGCAGCUUGAGACAGAAAGAAAGAAUCAAGAUUCUAGUUACAUAACCAGGAUAAGUCAGGUCAGAUCUCCAGAGCCUUCUCUCUCCUCCUCUCUUCCAAGGGAGCUGCAAGCGCUGUGAUAUCCCCAAACUCUGAAGAUACCAGCAGGGUCUGUUUUUCUCCACCUCCUAUUCCUCAAAUGUCCACCUAAUAAGAACAAUAACAAGUGUUUGGUUUUUGUGGUUUUAGGGAACAGAAGCAAUUUUACAUGUGUGGCUAUGAAUGGGUAGGGGAAAGGCUAAAGUGAGUUGUACAAGUUGUGUAUUUACUUGAGACAAUUCUUGAUUUUUUCAGGAAAGAGUUUCAGAAUCUAUUGUUCAGUGCCAAUAAUUUUUAACACAACAGGGAGCAACUGUUCAACCCUAGAGAGUGAGAUGGCAUCUUAGGCAAGGGUUAAGUUCUGGGCAGAGUGCAUGCAUGCAAAAUCGUGUAUAGGCCAGAACCUCAGACUCCCUGGGAUUGCCGCCCUCCAGUCCAGCCAGGGCUCUAGAAAACUGCCUCUCUCUUCCCCCUUUGGAAGCUCUAAAAGCUCACUGCAGGGCACUGCUUCUCUCCCACCUUCCAAAUACAGAUCAGGAGGUCUCCACUCCACUCGGAUAUUCCUUGAGAGCCUUUCUCCCUGGUUCCCCACUUGAGAGGUCUGUCCCCCAGAGGCUGCAGUCAAAAACAUAAAACUGCAUCUGUGUUAAGCAAGAUGCAUGUAAGAUGUGAUCGCACUGUAUACAAAGAACAGAUGCAUCCUCUGAGUACCAACUUUUUCAUCGCCACAACAGCACCACUCACAUACAAGUGGGAAGGAUCAACAUGAUUGUCGAAAUCCAAAGCUUUGCAGAGAUGUAACAAAUAUUUAGGGGGAAAACUUAAGGGGGCAACCCCCCCAAAAAAACCCAACCCAAUGAGGACUGAGAUGGAAGAGCCUCCAUGCUUGCUUUACGGUAAAAAUAAAAGCAAAGAGAGAUGUGGUGAGGGACCCCUCAUAUCAAAUCCACUUUAAGCCUGAAGGAAGAAUCAGUUCCCAGUCUGAUACUCCACAGAGUAUCUAGCAAUAAAUGCGAUACUUUGCCAUGCUAGGUUGGUGAAUUAUGGACUUUAAAACAUUAUCUAUAACCUUUCCAGGAUUAAUGAUAAUCUUUAUUCAGCAACAUCAUAGAAUGAUAAAGUUGGGAAGAUAGUGAUCUCAUCUAUCUGCUUUCUUCAAAACACAGAAUCAAUCUCUGUCCUCGCAAUGCAUGCAGAUAGAACAGGCAUAGGCAAACUCCGGCCCUCCAGAUGUUUGGGACUACAAUUCCUAUCAUCCCUAGCUAACAGGACCAGUGGUCAGGGAUGAUGGGAACUGUAGUCCCAAACAUCUGGAGGGCCGGAGUUUGCCUAUGCCUGAGAUAGAGCAUAGUGUGCCAGAUCAGAUGAAGAAGACUGGAAUCUUCCAUCUCAGAAAAUACCUGAAAAGAAAUGGUUUCUGAUGAUUCCAAAAAGUGAGCCAAGCCAAGCCACACUUUGCAAGCAAAUGCAACAUUUUAGGAGGAGACAUAGAACCACAAAUCUGCCAUCUUAGACCACCCAGUUAUGGGUGUCCAAGCACCCAUAACUGUCACUGAAUUUGCUUGGAGAUAGAAUCACUUGUUUUCCUUGCAGAACACCUGCAUUUUAAAUUUAGGCUUAUUUUCUAAAUGUUGCACUCCUUGCAAAAUGAACCAACAGCAAAUACAUUGUGCCCAAGAAAUACACCCAAUGUUGGUCCCUUGUUGGUGAUGAAAACAUCCCCGAGUGGGAAAAUGUUGUGAUCUGUCAUUAAUUUCUCAGCACAGUCCCUUGACUGAUCUAACUGGAUUCUUGCUUUCUUCCUUCUCGUGCAUUUAACAUGAGCCCCACUCCCCUGCCCUCAGUUUGUUCUUGGCUUCUAUUUUCAUCUAGCUAUUCCUUUUGUUUCCUUAAUUUAUUUUUAUCCACAUGCUGUUAAAGAAUUUUCUCUUUUACAUCUGCUUUGAUGUCAGCUUUUUAUAUUUCCUAUUAAAUUGUUCUUUGUUAUUUAAUCAUUUCCAGACUUGUUUAGCCACUUUUCUUCACCACAAUAUGCUGCUCUACAGCAUAUGUAAAAAUGGCCACGAUCCAGCUUGCUGUGUGAGGGACAGGAUAUGGAGGCCAUAUAUGUGAAGCAGCCAUAUUCUGCAAGCUACUAGAAAAGAGAUGUGUGGCGAUGAGUGAGGCUUGUCUGUUCCUCCUCUUUUCUGUCACUUUUAGUUCCUGCUCAGCACUGUCAAUCACAAGCUCAGCCAAAGCCCUCUGCUUCUUUCCAUGUGGCACAGAAGAACACAGUGCCCAUUCUUCGAAUAGACUCUUGCUCUUGGAAUAAGUGUCCUGAGAUGGGUACCUAGAUCAGUAGAUGACCCCAUGUAGCAAAUGUAAUGCUCAUGGUGCAAGACACAAUUUAAUUUCAACAGCAGGACACUGCUGAAUGAACUGGUGUAGAUGAUCCAUGAGUCUUCUCCCAGGGUGAGGGGUGUGGGGUUUUUUUGUGGGAGCAGGAGAUGGAGACAAAGCUGUUUGUCCUACAUAGAAAGCUAAAGGGAAUUACAUUUCUAUCCUGUUGGAGACUGUGCAAGUGAAUGAGCCUUUAAUGUCUGGGCAGAUGUUGGGUCAUUUAUCAGCAUUGCUGAAGUAUAGAUGGGGGCAGAGCUGGCAAAUUAAUUUGUUGCAGGGUCUGAUUCUUCUGUUUCCACUCUCUCUCAUAGGUUUGUUUGUUUGCUGUUGUCAUUGCUAGUAUUUACCUGUUUUAUCUACAGGUCAGCGUGUAAAUAAGUCCAUGCCUCAUGCCCGAAACUUGUAAGGAAUGACAUAUCAUUGUCCAGGAUAGGCUGUAGAUCCUUGAUGAUAUGUUGGAGUGGAGUUGAAGGAGACAGCCAGUAGUGUGGUCCCCCCCCCUUUGUUUUAUGUUUCUGUCCCAUGGUUCCAGCCUGACCUUAUUGAGCUGUUUUGUCACUUUAUUGGGUGAGUACUAUAGUUUAAUAAAGACACGGGUGGCGCUGUGGUCUAAACCACAGAGCCUCUUGGGCUUGCUGAUCAGAAGGUCGGCAGUUUGAAUCCCCGCGACGGGGUGAGCUCCUGUUGCUCGGUCCCUGCUCCUGCCAACCUAGCAGUUCAAAAGCACGUCAGAGUGCAAGUGGAUAAAUAGGAACCGCUCCGGCAGGUAGGUAAAUGGCAUUUCUGUGUGCUGCUCUGGUUUUGCCAGAAGCAGCCUGUCUGUGGACAAACGCUGGCUCCCUUGGCCUACAGAACGAGAUGAGCACCGCAACCCCAGAGUCGCCCGCGACUGGACCUAAAGGUCAGGGGUACCUUUACCUUUACCUAUAGUUUAAUAAAAGCCCAAUGUCAGUCUUCAGUCCAAUGAGCUGGAACAAAUGUAUUGUAUUGGGGAGCUUUCACAGGCAACACUGUUAUAGGAUCGUGCUUAAUCCAGUAAGUGCUGGCUGGUGUUGUAACUAGGCAGUGUUUUCCUCAGGAAUUGAAACUGGGAGUAGAGGAGAUGUUGGCUUUUCAAGGCAGUGAGACCCUCCACCCUUACUGGCCAUGGACUCAGGGUAUGGGGCACCAUAGUAAGAAAUGUUUCACAGUCAUGGCCGUUUUGCUAGAUUUCACAUACUUCUGUCUUCUUCCCAUUGAUGGCUACAUCUUGGCUCAGAUUCCUGUUUCAGUUCUCUGGGAGUGAAGAACAUUCUCCUGCAUGUACCCCCCAUUUGCAGGAUUACAUCUGGGAACUAUUUAUAAAUAUCUAUGUUCCUAGUGCUUUCUUGAAGAUGAACAUAUUGCUUCCUCACAGUUCCUCAGACGUUGCUUUGGGACAUGAUCAUCACCUGCUAUCACUUCGACGCUGGCAAAAUUACAUUAUAUUAAGGUGUCAAAUUCAAUUUUGGUUCAACAUUUUCAAGAAAAACCUAAAUGUCACUGUUUUCAGCUAUAAAAGACUGCAUCUAACUAGUUAAACUUGGGUAGGGGGAAGCUGAGCAGAAAAUUUUGGGGGAGGGGAGGGGGAAGCAAACUUGUUACUGAGAUAGUAUCUUUAGCAGGACAAUGUGACAAGGGUAACAUAUAGACUAGGGCUGAGUCCUGGGGAUUACCGUAUUUUUCGCUCCAUAAGGUGCAUCUGACCAUAAGGCGCACCUAGUUUUUAGAGGGGGGAUUCAAGAAAAAAAAAUUAUUUAAAGGGAGCUCUGAGCAGAGCCUGUAUGCAUCCCAGGCUCUGCUCAGCGCUCCCUUUCACAAGCCACGUGGAGUGUGUGUGUGGCUCUUGAGGGGUUUUCCCCGAGGAGGGAGAAGGGCAGCCCAUCAGUGAUGGGCUAUCCUUCUCCCUCCUCGGGGAAAAUCCCCCAAGAGCCACACACACACACUGCAUGGCUCUUUAAAGGGAGCGCGGCUCUUGGGGGCUUUUGUGGGAGGUGGGGGAAGUGAGAGAGUUUCGCUCUGUCACUUCCCCCUCCUCCCGCAAGAGCCACGCGCUCGGCUAUCCCUGGCUUUUGCGGGAGGUGGGGGAAGGGGCAGAGCCGCGUGAAGCCUCUGCAGGGCAGCGGGAUGAAGGCUCCCCGCUGCCCUGCGGAGGCUUUGCACCACUAAGGCAAAAGCGAAAACAGCCAGAGGGAGUGCUGUGCAGCGCUCUCUCUAGCUGUUCUGGCUUCUAGGGUAGCUCGCGAAGCCUCCGCAGGGCAGCGGGGAGCCUUCAUCCCACUGCCCUGCGGAGGCUUCGCGGGCUACCCCAGAGCUGCUCAGGAGCUUGUCGGGGCUGGCGGGGGAAGCCUGGGUUCCCCACCUCCCGCAAAAGCCCGCAGGUGCCGCACACCCUUUAAGAAGCGCGCGGCUCCUGCGGGCUUUUCUACGAGGAGGGAGAAGGGACUGACACGGCCAGUCAGUCCCUUCUCCCUCCUGGGGAAAAGCCCGCAAGAGUCGCGCGGAGCUUCUGUGCGGCUCUUGGGGGCUUUUCCCACCUGCCUCCCGCCUGCAUUAGCUCCAUAAGAUGCACACACAUUUCCCCUUACUUUUUAGGAGGGGAAAAGUGCAUCUUAUGGAGUGAAAAAUACGGUACUUCAUAUGCGGAGUAAUUUCACACACAUUCAUGUUUUCUGCCUGUAUUGCCAGAGUGAAGCGGGAAGCUGCCACACAGAGGUAGCUCUCACACCACCUAUAUAUGAAUUGGCCUUAUAUGAAGAGACUUUCAUUAUGAGCAAUGGGAAGCUCUAUGGCUGUUCCCCAUUUACCUAGCACAGAGUGUUAAAUUGGCUGUUGGUACCAUGGAAGAUCAGGCCAACUUAAACAGGUUUGGGCUGCUGAUCUUCACUGUGAUACUGCUAUAAGCACUGCCAUCAUAUUUUAUUUACAAAGCUCCUUAGAUGACUAAGUACCACACUAUAAAAAAAUUAAAAUAUAAAUCCACGCCCACAGGCUCACAGUCUAAAACCGACUGAUAAAAUAGGUAAAGUAAGGGAGUGACUGCGGAAAAGAGGCAAGAGAAAGAAGGUGUCUUCUGUAAACAUACAUCACACAUCGAAAGGAAACAAAGUCUCAUUGUGGUACCUACUGAAUUGUUCCAUCUGUCUUGCCUCUUAGUAAGUGGCCACUAUAUAAACCAAACUCUGAACACUUCUUUGUUCCCUUAAAAAACAGCAUCAGCCUUGAAUCCAAGAGUCCCACGUUAGCAUGUGUUCCUUCCCCAGUAUGGAGGCUGCUCUUUCCCCCUUAUUUUUACAGCUGCUCAAAUUAUUACAUCCUAUAGGUAGGAGGAGUGAAAAGGAAAUGGCAGUAAAUCUCAUUUAGUGUGUGGACACUUGAAAGCUUCGGCUGUAUGUUCAAAACCUGACCUUGCCCCGGCUUGCAAAGAAACCCCGAACAGAACAGUAGCACUAGAACUAUGCCUUUAAUUGUUUUGUCUCUUCUAAAAGUAACAGAUUCAGCAGUGCAAUAAGGUGAUUUCUUUCUUUCUUACGGGUUUGCUGAACCCCACGGAACAGUAGGCUGCUGCCCAAGCUCUGCAUCGUGAGUUUGAUGCCUCUCAGCUGUGGAGCUGCCACCAGGAAUCUUGCACUCUUCCUUUUCAAGCCUCUUUCUUGCUUCUCUCCUUCCUUCCUGUUUCUAGUCUGUCCUUUCAAAAAGCAUCUGUCAGUUUCUAUUUUGGGGAAUGGCACAGCUUGUGUUUGCUCUGGGGGUCUCCAGUGAAUUGCUGCAUAGUGUAACUAAAUCAGUUAAGUGUCUCUAAAGAGGUUAGGAUAGAACUGCCAGUUUUCCGUACGUCGCAGUCCCAGCUUUCUCGCUAUAUUGAGGAGAAAACUGUAACAGGCCUCCAGCUGUUCAGGCAUGCCCCAAACAUUCUCCCAGUAAUUAUGAUCUCGAAAACAGACACUCAGAAUGGUGCACUCUUAGGCAAAAGUGGACGUGAAGCCUUUUACUUUUCCUUUUUCCACAAAGUUGACAUUUGUUUUGUUCCGUUUUCCUGCUUUCCUCCCUGUGUUAGCAAAGUGGAGCAAAAUUGCUGUGGCCAAGGUGGAUCGCUCCUUGGGGCCAAUUCAGAGUACCUCUUUCCUGAAUUGUCUUUCGGCUCUGUCUUCCUGAAUUGCAUGGAUACAUAGUACAUCGGCCAGAUGCACACAUUCAACAUAGGAAGCUGCCUUAAACUGAGUCAGGCCAAUGGACCAUUUUGCUCAGCAUUGUCUACUCUAUCUGGCAGCAGUGGCUGUCCAGGGUUUCUGGCAGGGGAACUUCCCAGCCUUACCUGGUGAUUCCAGGGAUCGCACCUGGGCCUUCCAAGCCCUAUGCUUGACUCUUGUAUGCUCAGCACUGAAACCACAUGGGGAGCCAGGUAUCUGUACUGUCUGCACCAUCUAGUCAUGGAAAUAUGAAAACCUUUGCCAUGCUUCUUCUUGGUUAACAUCUUACCAUGUGAUGGCCAAAAGAAGUGUCAUGCUACUACCACAGUGACUCAGAAAUCCAGGAAAGUAGAGGGCAAUGGCAAUCCUCAUUGAGCAGCUACAACAGGGAAACCUUUUUCAGUUCAAGGGUCUGAAAGGGUACGCCGGGGCUGCAGGCAAGUGGUGGGCAAGGCAAGAGGCAAAAAUUGGCACAGCAAUGGAUACAACUCUUACCUUUGUACAGUAGGCAUGCAAGUCGGACGUUUCUACAGACAUUGAGCCCACACAAUUAGAUGUCGCCCAGGUACUAUAAUUUAAACAUGAAGCUUUAAUAUAUGAGACAUACAGCUUCUGAUAGGCCAAAUGGCAUGGCUUCAUACUGAUAAUGCCACCCCUGUUGUGUGAACCAAGGGUACUGCAUUUGAAGGCCUGGGCAAACUCUCUGUGGCAUCUGGUUCUUGCCUGGGCCCCUUGUGAGGCACUACUUCUCUCCCUGCUACACUCUGUCCUCUGCAGGUCAUGUGAGUCACCCCAGCCAUCGAGAAGAAGUGCUAGUGAGCAACUUCUAGCUGCUGGUGGGCACCUUCAGGGUCCCUGGACACUCUUCCUAGGGUUAUCUUUAAACUGGACUGGGACUGGACACCAUUUGAAAUAGAGGGCUGCCCUCUGCAAAGUGAGGCAUGCGGCUGCCCUUUUCCUCCCUAGAUAACCACAACUGUCUCCCAUAUUCUGUUGACUUAAAUAUCUGAGUUUUGAUCUGACAUAGGACUAGAUUUUUCUUUCUUCUCAUCUAUUUGGAGUGGCCUAAAUGAGCCUUGGGGAACAAGAAUUACAUUUUGGCUAGUGGAAUAAAAACGGGAUAUACGGUAUUGCCACAAGAAAACAAACAUACUGAUAAAAUUAUGUGAUUACAUAUAUGCUGAACCUUUUCUGAUCAGUCUUCAUGGGCAUUUAAAGAGGAAGAGGAAGCAGUGAAGUCAUUUUAAAAAUUUAGCGGAGUCUUUCAGAAUUAGUUAGCUCCCUGCUGAAGAGACUCUCACAAUUUUCACAUGCUCCUCUGGGCAAGCUCCAGAGGACCUGCACUCGGUUUGUGUGGAAUAAGGCCACUCAGGAAGAAAUUCAAUUACUGAGCUAAUUAUCACCCUGGCUGAGUGGUAAGAACAAAAUUUAAAAUAAGAAGCCACUGGAGAAAAGCUCCCAUUGCCCAGUAGUCUCAAAAGUUCAUUUUUAAAAGAGAUCCUAGCUGACAGCUGAAAGCCCAAGGGUGAAUGUGCAGCUGAGUCUGGGAUACAGGAUAUUAGAAUUUUAAUACUGUACAGAUUCUUGGAGCUUUUAUCAAGUUGCAGCAAUUCAGCUGCCAUAAUUGUGUGGAGAUUUUAAAGUCCAAAAUAGACUUUGCGGAUGUCCCUUGGCUAAAUUACUUCUGAUUUCCACAACUUUAGGAGUGAAAUAGUUUCUCUGUACUUUGGUUUUGCAACAGCUGUGUCAUUUUAAACAGUUUUGAGAAGGCUGGGCUUGUGGUGCUUAGUUAAAGAGGCAGAUAAGAGCAACGUUCUAGGGUUAUCUCAUGUGUUAUUCUAAAACUUUACAAAGCAGUUGUGUGAAACUCUUUGGGCCAACACAGAUGAAUCUGUCAGGAGGAAAAACAUGCUGUUUCUAAUGGGUUUAUGGUGGUAUCCCUUUUGUUUCAGGAAAGCUACCCUAUAUAUUGGAUUUCCAAUGAUGUAGGAAGCAAGACUCUCAAAUCUUUAUAGACAGAAACUUCUGAUUGGCCAUACCAACAUUUUAACCAUCUCUCUCUCUAUAUAAGUGUAAAAGUUUAUGAAGUGGUACAGCUCUCUAGAUAAUCCAGUACUGUUUAUUUGGCAGCACAUUCAAAAUGCCCAUGUCUUUUCCCUUCAUGAAUUGAUGUGUCUUUAUACGGAGGGUGUUUUAAAAUAUGAUUUGUUUGGAGCAGAUAGAUAUUUAUUGUUUGAAUGUGGAAAGCUGGGAAUACAUUUGAAGAUGCAGGUGUCAACAGCAUAAUUGUGGUCAGUAUGAGAUCUAGUGUUUUAGAUGGUUCAUUGCAUGAAAUGGCUCACUUUCUGGAAUUGCCAUCUGAAAGAACAAGGAAUUCAGUCAGCACAGAAAGCCAGCACUGUUGGUUGAUGUUAAAAUAAUUUGGGUUGUGUGCAAAUGAAACACUGCACAAUAAUAUUUUGUGUGGCCAAAUGAAGCCAGAUCAGAAUCAAACUAUCUCACUUGUACAGAAUAGAAAUAGAAGACAGGGAUAAUCUGUAGGUCUCUGUUUAUUUCCAGCACAAAACGAGUGGACCAUUCCAACACAAGACUGGCACUUCAGAUUGAAAAGGGCGCAGGUAGGGGACAGAAUUUAUUUUGCUCAAAUUUAUAAUGACUGAUUGUUCAAAAUACUGGAUGUAAUUGGGUUGGAUCCAGGGAGACAACAGUAAAUGAAAUUCUGGCAGCGGUGCAAACUGUUGUGGAAGAGCUGUCAGAAGACUUUGCACAACAUGGACUGGGCACAAGCAUCUUGACAUAAUUGUGCAAAACCUUGUGCACUAAGGGAAACAUUCAGUCCUGUUUUGUUACAUUAGAAACUUGUUCUAAGUUGGAAAAGGCCUUUCUUCCUCUAAAGGAGACUGUCCACUUGCAGAAGGGAACCUCUGGAUCCAACCCAUUCUGUUUGUAGUUCAAAGCAUAAUGAUAUUCUAAUGGAAAGGGUUAUUACAGAUUUUGAAAUAUUUGUGCUUUAAAUAAGAUUUUUGAUGAAUUUGUUUUCAUUAGAUUGAUUGAUUGAUUGAUUGAUUGAUUUGUUAGUUAUUAUUUUUUAAAAGGGUUAUUAAGCUGCAAAUAAGCCUAUUCGAAGAAAACAUUUUGGAUGAGUAUGUAUAGUAUCACAGCCAUCUAUCAAUUUUGCUGGUGCAGGGAAAUCCUAUACUGAUGUUAUCUCUGUGCAUCACCCCCUCACACCAAAGUCCAGCUUGUGCCUAAUCUUGAUGCCUAAGAGUACAUCCUUAUGAAGCUACAGGUGCUCAGUGAAGUGUAGUAACUCUAGAGCAGGGUUUCCCAUACCUGGGUCUUCAGCUGUUAUUGGACUACAACUCCCAUCAUCCCUAGCUAGCAGGACCAGCGGUCAGAGAUGAUGGGAAUUGUAGUCCAAAAACAGCUGGAGACCCAAGUAUGGGAAAUCCUGCUUUACAGCAACCAGCAGCUAGAUAGGAACAUUUCAAGCUAUGGCUUGAACAGGGGGGCAAAUGCAAAAAUGGUAAGUCUCCAAGAAGAGGUGGUUUUGAUGGAUGAAACUUGCUGAACCCAGUGAAGAAGCUGUAACAACCCCCUCAUCUGCAUGGCUAUUAAAGACACAGGAGCCUUGUUGUCUUAUGCUUCAGGUUAUUAUGGGCUGAAUGAGAAUCUGGCACAGAUGAUCCCUUCAUCACUGCUGUUCCAUCCCACCCCCCAGGAGUCUAAUUUGAAGUGUGCCAAUACAAAGGGAGGUGUUUUAAGAAUCAGCACAGUUUCUGUGUGCCUCCUGCAGAUUUUGUGUGUGAUUCCUGUAGUCAGUUGUGGCUUUAGAAUCCUUUCCUUUCCUUUCCUUUCCUUUCCUGUGGCUAAGUCAGCCCAGCAGCCCUAUAAUCAGCCUUCAGUGGGGAUGUGCUGUGAGGAUGUGCUGGAAAAGUCAGCUAAUCCAGAUACUUAACAUUGCCCUGCACUCUUAAUUCAUGUUUGAUCUUCAUCAGCAUAUUCAAAAGGGAACUUUGCUGAAAGUUUUUGACAUCUACAUUUCCAAGGACUUCAAGGACCUUGGGUAGCCUUUAAAUAGAAUAUUUCGGUGGGCACUGAUGCAUGGGAGAAAAUGGAAGCCCUGCCUGAGCCAAGCCAUGUUAAUUAGGCAAGAGAAUUCAAGCUCACUGGCACUGUCAGUUAGACUGUGUGACACUGUUUUGGCACACAUGGAAGAUUUUGCUUCAUUUCAUUAAUCAUAUUUAGUUUCUUGUUUUAAUUUGCGUUUUAGCACUCUGCAUUCCGCGAGUGCUUAGGUUUGCGAAUUAGACUUCGCAAUUCUCAAAGGACUGAACAGUCCAAAGUGUGGAGAAGCAGAUGAGGAGUUGGACUUGGACCAGGGAAACCUAGGUUCAAAAAUUCCUGCUUGGCCAAGAAACAAACUGGGUUGUUACAAGAAUAACAUGUCAUAACUUGGGGGUCAUAUGCAAAUAAUUAAACCAACAAUGCAUUAUUUGCCACCUGUUUCAUCUACCUCCCUACUCGGGAUGAGCCACAUGCCUGUUGCUUUCAUACCCCAAAGUCGCUUCUGCAUUAACUCCCCAGUCCAACCAGUCAUGGUCAAAACAGGCCUACACGAUCCCUUUAAGGUGCUUCCUUCUGUCUGAGGGACAUAUGCCGAGGAAUAGAAAAAUAUUGGCAAACUUAGUGUGGCGUGUGAACACAGGUGUGGGCAUCAGACCACAUUUCAUAGUUGGUGUUGGGUAUGGUGCAAUCAAUUUCAUCCAUUUGGAAAAAAACACACCCCAAAAUGGAAGUAGCUUCAUUAGGACACACCAAAAAUCACAUAGUAGUCAACUAGCAUUUGGGUUUCACGAAAUGCUUCCUCAGCCUUGUCUACAAUUUACUGCAGAUGAGGUUUCAACAGUGCGUUCUAAUAGUGACAACUUUUUCUUCUCUCCUUCUGGCUCCUGUAUCCCCCCACCUAUUUUUAAUGUUGAGCCUGAGAAAGAUUUCUGUGAUAUUCAUAAUCUAGCUCACUGUUGUGCGAUUUCUGGUUGGUCUCAAUAAAAUUGCACAAUACUGUUCCCAUUUGAAUUCAAGGUCUGUAAUGUGACUUAGGGUUUUCUUCCAACUUAUUAAGGCAGUGGUGCCUCUGGUUGGUUAUCUGUGACUAACAAAACUGAAAUAGUAGAAUCUGAAAGCCAGAAUAUCUAUUGCUUUAUUCAUUGGCUUUUAACUGAAGCAUUUAUAGUCUGGUGGGUGCAUGAAGUGCAUUACAUUUACUUAUUAACUUUAUUUUUCACAAGGUUACAUCAGGGUCAAGCAUUCUCAGCUAAUGUUACUUAAAGCAGGCAAUUCAUGAGAGAAUCUGGAAGCUACAGUUGUUAUAAUGAAUUAUAAUGGCUGAGGUUCAAGACGCCAAUGUGUCCAUUGGCUUUGUUGUAGAUCACUCUGCACAACACACUCUAGCAAGGGGAUAAUUAAAUAAAUGUGGAGAGUCAGUACAUAAGUAAGACUGGGAGUCUUAUUCCCCAUUUUGUAAGAUAGUGCUCCUCAUACAGACUGUAAAGCACAAUUAUGAAUGGGGCGCUUUCUACUCCAGUGAAGCUGCCUUUUUCUCAUCAGAGUCACAACAUUCAAAACUGAGCAACUGGGCUAAAAUUAUGGAGGGGAAGGCUCCGCAUAUUUACUUAUUCUCUGCUCUUCCUUGAAAGAGUCCAGAGUGCCUUACAGGUACAUGUGGUUCGCAGGCAGCUUAUGGGACAGACCUGCAAACAGAGCAGUAUCCUGUGCCUUCAGACCAUUUAUUUAUUUUAUUUAUAUCCCACUUCUUUUUCUCCAAGGAGCUCCAGGUGGUGUACAUGGUUUUUGCCUCUCCAGUUUAUCCUCACAACAACCCUGUGAGGUAGGUUACACUGAGAGGCAGGGACUGGCCAAAUGUCACCCAGCGAGCCACUUGGUUGAGUGGGCAUUUGAACCCUGGUCUCCCAGGUCCUAUUAUUCUGGAACCUAAGAAAUAUCUGGUGGUAGAAGUACAUGUAUGGUGACAAUGAUGGAGCUUUAUUAAAGUUUUACCAUAUACAAACUGCCAAUGCAUUUCGGCGUUAUUUCACUCUAAUAAUACAAACUUAAACAUAAACAAUAAAAAUGAGACAUUAAAAGCAAUUAAACAUACAUUCAUAGACACAGUAUACUACAUAUGCAAUAAGAAAUAUUGUGUAUAUCACCUCUAUAAAACCCUGUCACACAGGAAGAGGUUUCAUAUCUAAAUAUCAGGCAAUUAAGCUCCUUUUUUCUGUUUCAUGGCACUCAAACCUCUGUACAAUGAAUAUAAAUCAUUACAUAUUGCAAUUUUAGACGUUAUUAUGAUCUAUAAUUUUGUGGCUUGUAUAACAACCGUGCAUCCAAGCAUUUCAAGAGAGGGCAGCCGUGAUCACAAUCGCUUGCAUAUUCAGUAAAACUAAAUCAAAUGUCUGCAAGUGUAUCUCUCAUGCCCUGACUUCUCAUUAUUUUCAUCCCCCCGCAAGAGUCUUUGCCAAAGUUUCUGACACUGUUGUUGUUAUUAUAAUUAUUCAAAUUUCUAUCUGGCCCUUCCUUCUAAAGGAGCUUAGGACAGCAAACAACCAAGCAAUAAAACAAUACAAAAUGAAAUAAAAGUAUAUUUGAAACAUUUUUUAAAAAAUACAACCCAAAACAAACUUUAAAAGGUGUUCAGUAAUACAUGUGGUAAAGUGGGCCAACAUUUAAUGAUGCCGUGUGCUUCCAAUAUGAUGAUCAUCAUCUCCAAGGAUGAGCUUCUAGUUGAGUAAGGAGUCAGAAAAACAGGACGCCUUUCUGAGUCUUCUGCUGGGUGAUUUGUUCCUCAUCCCUUUACAUUCUUUUGUGUUGUUGUGAUUUUAGGAAAUGACGAUAACAACCUCAACUCCAUCUUUUAUGAGCACCUGACAAGAUCUCUGCAGGAGUCUCUUUGUGGAGAUUUGAUACUUGGGCGCUGGGGAAACUACAGCUCUGGGGACUGUUUUAUUUUGACAUCAGAUUACUUGAAUGCCUUUGUUCACUUGAUUGAAAUCGGAAAUGGUCUUGUCACUUUCCAACUCAGGGGGCUAGAAUUUCGAGGUAAGCACCUAUGUAGCUCAAAGAAUAAAGAGCUAGAAAGAGGAGAAAAUUCAUUUGCUAUGUGCCCUUCUCAUUAGUAAGCCGUGUGUGCAUUGCAAAUCUGAGUAGUGGUGUAAAAUUCUCUAUCUGGGUUGUUGCUACAUCAUCCAAAAUUAUUUGGGCAAUGUUUCUGGGAAGAAAAGAUGAUGCCCCCCCCAAACCAUUGGUUUAGUACCACCUGGUUUCUGUUCUAGCCAUGCCCACUGCCAACAUGUGACACACACACCCAGGCAACAGAUUGACCCCAUUUUGUCUCCAGCCCUUCAUUGCUUUCUUUAUAAGUUUACCUGCUGCGGUACUCAUGACAAGAGAUCUUAGCAAGAUGUUCCCAGUUCUCUGCUUGUUGGAAGAGUAAUUUGUGGUAUAGCAGUCAAUCUUAAUUGGUUAGAAAGAAAACAGUGCGAAGCUUAAUGCUUUUUUUGGUUCAUGGAGGUCUGGGAAAUUAUAUUUUGGUCUUGAUGCACAUGAUACCUGCUGCUUUAGCCCCCAAAGCAUAAUUUGGAAUUUAAAUCAAAAAGCCAAACAGCAGACUUUUGCUUGCUAGCCUAAGUGCAGUAAUGCAUUGCUAUCAUAGAAGAAUUAGAAACAGAAUGUGAAACUAUUUAUUAGUAAGUUGAAUAAAAGAAUGUGGAUUUCCCCCCCUCCCCCAAGUGCACAAUAGACCAGUUUUAGUUAGUUAAUUAGUUUUUUUUGUUUUUGUUUUAAAGGCCAUAGGGUUGUAUCCAAUGCCACCUGUGCAUCAGUGGAACAGACCUCCACUUGCGCACUGCGGAUAUGGGGACUCUCCAGAGACUAUUUUAAUAGUGCAGAGGGAUGAUUCAGGGAAGAGGAGUUACUGCUGGAGUUCCAUUGUGUGGAACUCCACACAACUCAUGCAAAAUAGGAUUCCACUCCUGUUUGGCCCACUGGUACAUAAGACUUCAGCAAAGCUCAUGUUCCAGGCAGGCAUUUCCGGGCCCUAGGGGAGCGAGCAUCAGCCCCAGCAGACCAGAAGCAGGUACAUGGCUGGGGACAAGGUCUUAAGUUCCUUCUCCCUUUUCCAAACUUAUUCAUAGGCUCUUCAACCCUGUCUAGCACACCUGCCUCCAGAGAUGUGCCGAGGGGUCGCAUUCAGCCCCUCAGCCUGAGGUUCCUGUUCUAAACAUUGUGCUGUACUGACUUUCAUAUGUGGCCAAAACGGCUGCAGUACCCCAUGGCUUGCUGCUAAUUGAAUUCCAUUGAUUACUUAGAUAGAGGGAAGUCUACAGUUAGCAUGUUAUUUAUAACAAAUCUUGACUUUUAUAGGCAAAGCACUCUUACUUUUUUUGGGGGGGGGUCCUGUUGCUGGGUAUAACAGGUCUGUAAAAGCACAAAGAGCACUCUUGGUUUAUCAUUUAGAUAUUCCCUCUGAAAGCAAAGACUCUGGCAUGCACUUCUAAAUCCCUAUCAUUCUACAUUUAAGGUAAAGCAUUUAGAUAUAAUUAGGCUCCAUAUAAUUUAUGCCAGGCUGCCUAAAGCAUAGAAUUCAGCAUAUUUUACUUUAUAAGGUGAAAUCAACAGUCUGUACCUCACUGCUCUCUCUUGAGCACAGAUUAAUUGGCACAUUUUAUUCCAAGCUGGAGCUCUCCCCUCCACCCCCUCCCCUUCCCACUUGCCAUUUAUUAAGUAUUUGAAGGAGCACCAAGUAUUAGCCACAAACAGCUUCAUUCGCAUUGAUCUCACCAGUAACUGCCAUUGUGUCCUUCUGCUUUUCAAUUAUUACUACACUCCAAGGGACAUAUUGCCAACAAAGGGAGGUGGAGGCUAUAACAGAAGGAGAUGAGGACAAUGAAGGCUGCUGCUGCUGCAAACCUGGACGCCUGCCUCACUUGCUGUCGUGCAACGCAGCUUUUAACCUUCGGUGGCUGACCUGGGAAAUAACACGGACUCAGUAUAUCCUGGAAGGCUAUAGCAUUAUUGACAACAACGCUGCCACAAUGCUCCAAGUGUUUGAUCUGCGAAGAAUACUCAUCAGAUAUUACAUCAAGGUAAAAGCAGUGUCUGUCAGUACCUCUGGGAAGAAUGGCCUGUAAUCUGGCAGCCCAAACCCUUGUGUGAACCAGAAGCAAAUAAGUUUUGGGUGCAUUGGCCACUGCAUAACUGCGACAUCAUGAAUCACAACACUGUGCCCACCCAUGAGGCAAAGUAAGGCCAUUUCCUCAGGUGGCAGAAUCCACAGGGGCAGCAGGUCCCAGUGUAGAACUUUAUCCACCCCACCCCCCCUUGUUCUUGACAUAGAUCUUCAUGGGGAGAUGGCGUAGGAGGGGAGUGCCAUUUUGUGGUUUGCCUCAGGUGGCAAAAUGUCUUGGGCCGGCCCUGACUGUGCUACAACCUGUAUGACCAAAAAACAAAUCAACACAACAACCUCAGAAUAUAAAACACGUAAGUACAACCCUGCUGGAUCAGACCGAAGGCCCAUCCAGUCCAGAAUUCUGUUCUCACAGGGGCCAACCAGAUGUCUGGGGGAAGUCCACAAGCCGUCCUGAAGGCAAAAGCACUCUCCCCGCAUGUGAUUCCAGCAAACCAGUAUCCACAGAUGCACUGCCUCUGAUGUGGAGGCAGAACAUAGCCAUUGAUAGCUCCAUGAACUGGUCUAAUCAACAGACCCAUCCCCUCGCUCCCCUACAGGUGCAACACUGUGAUGAGAACAAAACAUGGGUAUUUUUUUCAAAACUGCAAAGGGCUUUCACUAUAACAGCACCCACACAGUGAUGACCAGGCAUUGUCACUGACCUGCCUUGCCAACACUUGCAUCAAGGUCAAAUGUCGGGCAAUGGGCAGCAAACACAGCAAAUGCCAGGCUAUCACAUUAAGCUAUUGAUGAACGGGAUGCUGACAGGCAUCUACAACAGCCAUUUUCAAUAGGAUCAGGCAACUAGUCACAGAUUUAGCAAAAGUAAUAAUUGCAGAUUAAGUCAUCCCAUUUUAGCUUUCAGUCAUCAUCUUUAAGAAAAGUGCUUGUGUUCCUUUCCUCUUAACCAUGGAGAGAGUGGAUAGAAUUUAUUGACUACUUUGAUCAGUUGGUGAUAUUGACUAACAAAGAUGGACAUCCAGCUGUGUUGGAGAUGCGUUUCUUUAUUUCAUAAAAUAAAUCCUUGAGAUAAAUCACCCUUGUUGCAAUGACUGCCAGAGAAUGCAUUGCUUCUUUCUAUGUGCCUGAUGAAUAUUGAAUUUAGUAAAUGGGAGGCUGAGACUAAAAUGAGGGAUGUUUACAGUAAUAUCCUAUGCGCACUGGGGCAUUGGCCAACGUGGGGAACAGGAUGCUGGACUAGGUAUUUGAUCUGAUCCAGCAGAGCAGUUCUUACGAUCUUAAGGACGGAGGUCUGAGAAUAGCAGAUACGAGACACUAAAUGUAAGUAAUAGCAUGCGGUCUGAAUAUAAUAUGCACGAUUCACUCAAUAACUGACAUUAGGCAACUGCCAUCACUGUACCCUUUUAAGAUGCUUACUGAAAACUUUUCCUUUUCAGCUGGCCUAUUCAAACACAUGAUCUGUUUUUAAAUGUGUUUUUAAAAGUUUUGUGGUGUUUAAUUGUUUUUAGAUAUUUGAACAGUUUUAAAAUGUUUUCAAUUUUAUUUUAUUUUAAUUGCAUUUUUAUUACAGAUGUGUUUAUUGGGUUCCUUUGGGAGGAAGGGUGGGAUAUAAAUUAAAUAAAUAAAUGACGAAUGGGAAGUAGCCAUUUCUGUACCACCACUCCUCCCCAAAUCAUAUUAAAUGCCUUUACACGUGCAUUCCUGAGUAAUACUCCAAUUUUUACAUGCAAGGCACUGGUGCAUACAAACCCAAGACCAGGUCCUGUGCUCUACCUUAUGUAAGAAUUUUUCUUGGCCAUCAACCUCUGAACCAGCCCUAAAUUAGACUCUUACCUCAGUUAUUUUUCAAAAAUGAGCCCAUAAAGAAACCAAACAUUCAGAUCAACACCUGUAGAUGCACAGAUUAGCUAUUUUAGCUUUAACCUAAUCCAGAGAUCAACAAAGAUUAUAACAUGUCUCAUUCUGGUCUUAAUAAGCCACACAGAGUACUUUUUGUUAUGGGGGCGGGGGAAUACAAAUGUUUUUAAUAAAUAACACUGAUGCUGGCUGAGCUUUGCAAGGUGUUGUCUCAGGAAAGGACCAGAGUCACCCCAAGGCUGCCAAGGCGUUAUCUUCCAGUGGCUCUAGCCUAUUGAGAGAGCUGUCUCAAACUGUUAAAGGGCCCAUAGCUUACGCUCCAGUGCAGUAAUCAUCCUCAGACUAUGAGGAUGCAGGGAGAACCAGGUCUUCAGGCUGGGAUGCUGCAGAAGGGUCUGCUGAGGGCUCCCACCCUCCCUCCAAGGUGGGAUGACUUGUGCAUCAUCUGAAUCUGAGCCCUCCGCAGGAUGACACUGGGAACAUGACAGAUACUGGAGUUCAAGAUUAGACAUCUACAAUCUAAGACAAGUGGAAAGUUUUCACUAUUCUGCUUUAAUCAUUCUGAAGUGUAGGAACAUGUUUAUGCACAAGCUGUAUUUAAAAUUAAUCAAGGAGGCUGGAAUACAUUGAAGCAAAAGAGAAGGAGAAUUAGAGGUUAAAGACCUAAUACUAGAAAUCAGGAAUUUCUUUUGAGGAAAGCAUGCUGCUAUGUAAACAUGCUGGAAUAGCAGAAUUAGCAUCUAGCUUCAAAAUAUUUAAUUUUACAUUAUCAUAUGCUUGAAGAUUUCACAUUUAUCUUUUAAACAAUGCUAACAGUUGGCUUUUUGAAUUGAUUCUCUCUCUUUUUGUCCAACUUGCCAUUCAAUUGACAGCCGGGGGGAGGUGGAGGAGACGAUUUCUCCACAUAAAAAGAAUUUUUGCUCUCCUCUAAUAAAGUGGGUCAGUUCCUAUAGCCUUUCUGCAUAUAUUUGAAAUAAUUUCCUGCCUGGUUACUGCUGGUUAUUUAUUCCCCCAGUGCCUACACAUUCGCCUUUCAAUUUAUUCCUUAAAAAAAUAUCUUUAAAGAAUAAGUCUGCUGCUGUCUUUGUGUGUGUGUGUGUGUGUUUGGAGUUCCAUUUUUAUGGCUCUUCUUAAAAGGCUCUGUGCUUAUCAGGCUCUGCACAAAAAAACCUGUCCUUGGUUUGUAUCCAUCACUCUGUCUUGUUUCUGUGCACUAAGUAGGGCCUAUUUUCCACAUUUACUUGCUAAUUUGAAUAUGCAACUGAGAGUGUGGCACCCAUGAAUUUUAAAUAGGUAGAGUAAUUGUGCUUGUUCUAUUGUGGCCUCUUUACCUCCUAAUUUUACUGUUGCUCUUUCCAUUCAUUUAUUGUGCACACUUGAAAUACAAUCUCAUCAUCCCCAUUGUUUGCGAUCCAUCAAAGUCCCAGGGGCAUGUAAGACUCAAGGGGUCGCAUAACUGCAAUAAGAUAUUAGAGACUAUCACUUUGUUCUCCUUAGAUGGCUUGCCUCUCACCUUUGUAGUAUUUAAAUAACUUCUGGCUUCUCGUGUUAUUAAAACAAGCAACAUCAUCUUCGUUCCUUUUUUUUUUUCUUUACAGAGCAUUAUAUACUUUACUGCAAGCUCCCCCAAAAUCCUACACUGGCUAAGAGAUGAGUCGUUCCAAAAAACGCUGCAGCCUUUCUCGAAGUGGCAUUACAUAGAGCGGGACCUUGCAAUGUUCAAUAUUAACAUUGACGAUGACUAUAUCCCUUGCCUUCAAGGAAUCACCAGGGCAAGUUUCUGCAGUGUUUACUUGGACUGGAUUCAGUUCUGUGCUGCAAAAAGAAUGGAGGUACAUGUCGGUCUAACGCUACUGAUUUAAUGGGGGGUGGGACGGGUUCUCUCCUUUACUUGAAUUCUUGUUAGGAACAGAUGUUCCAAAUCAAAACAAGGAAGUUUAUUGGAGUGCAAGCCAUCAGCAAUACGUUGUGGUAAACAUGGUACUCGUUUUCCAGUGAGAUAGGAGGCUCAUGGGCUGACUCCAAAGAGCUCCUUCACUGAAUUGGUUGUAAGAACUGGGGAGCAAAAUGGAGGAGAAACAUGAUGGUAACACUUGAGAAAGCAGAAAGUGUUGGGAAUGGAGAGAGAGUAUGUAUCUUGUUAGCUACUGGGUAUGACCUGUUGUGGAACUGAUCUAGUGCACCUUACACUGAUAUGUUAUGAAAUUAAAGGACUUUAGUCACAAAGACAACAGUGAUCCUUUUUCUGCAUAUUUGCAUCAAAGCACAAUGGGUUGUUGCACCGGCAAUGUCCCCCCCCCUUAGGAUUAACUGAAAACUUUUAACUAUUUUUCAGCCACUAGAGUGUGAUGAAGAUUCUCCUCUGGUAACUCUUUCCUUUGCCCUGUGCAUUUUGGGUAGGAGAGCACUAGGAACAGCAUCGCACAAUAUGGCCAUCAGGUAAUUUUAUACCAAUGCCAUGGAAAUUAUGGAUGUAAUAGUUUGCUGGUUUUUCAUUUAUCAUUAAAUUCUGUAGGUGUAGUGGAAGAAAGGAAAAACACAAGCGAUAGGUGUAAAACCAUUUGAAAAAGAAAUAGUUACAGUUACAAAUGGCAGCAUUUGUUACUUAUUUGUCCCUAAUGAAAUACAAAACUUAAUGAUUAUCUUGAGAGUUAAUUUCAUCAAUGAAACCAAAAUAGAUGAAUUGGCAGAAUUGGAAAAAGAUUGUGUCCUUUUUGCUUUGGUGAUUUACAGUGUAAAUAUUGCAUGUUUACCUGAAAGGUACAUCCCACAGUGCUCAGUGGAGCUUUCCCCCUAAUAAUAAGUGUGUAUAAGAGUGUAGCACUAAAAGAUUUUCCCCUGUUGUGCAGCUGAGACCAUCCCUCACUUUUGUUGUUCCAAGAAGACAUGGUUCGCAAUAUGGUGGUGGCGUUUUUAAUGAAAAAUAGAUAACUGGUUAAGUUACUGUGUCCAGUUCUGGGCACCACAGUUCAAGAAGGACACUGACAAACUGGAAUGUGUCCAGAGGAGGGCAACCAAAAUGGUCAAAGGCCUGGAAACGAUGCCUUAUGAGGAACGGCUAAGGGAGCUGGGCAUGUUUAGCCUGGAGAAGAGGAGGUUAAGGGGUGAUAUGAUAGCCAUGUUCAAAUAUAUAAAAGGAUGUCACAUAGAGGAGGGAGAAAGGUUGUUUUCUGCUGCUCCAGAGAAGCGGACACGGAGCAAUGGAUCCAAACUACAAGAAAGAAGAUUCCACCUAAACAUUAGGAAGAACUUCCUGACAGUAAGAGCUGUUCGACAGUGGAAUUUGCUGCCAAGGAGUGUGGUGGAGUCUCCUUCUUUGGAGGUCUUUAAGCAGAGGCUUGACAACCAUAUGUCAGGAGUGCUCUGAUGGUGUUUCCUGCUUGGCAGGGGGUUGGACUCGAUGGCCCUUGUGGUCUCUUCCAACUCUAUGAUUCUAUGAUUCUAUACUUUGGACUCACCAACUGAUCUAGUGUGCAUUUGAAAUACCCACAUUCCCAUCCACCAUAAAAGAGAGAAAAGUGGCCGGCAUUUUAUACACCUCCCUUUUAAUGUUUAAUGUUUCUGCGCAGGGGGGACAGGAUCCUUUAAUUUAAACCUCUCUUCAACAAACAUGUUGAAGUAGCAGAACCUUUUGGCUGCCAUGGAUUAGUUCACACAUUGCCUUGACAUGAUCUGGGGUGCAAUGGAACAUGACAUGCACAGUGCAAUGAUAUUCAGAACCACCACACUUUCCCUGAAGCUGAAUUCUUCAGGAGAACUCGUGUGCUUUAAAUUUGGGGUAACUGUGGAUGUGACAUGACAGAAAAUUCAGCUGAAUUUUCCCUCUUGGCUGUUGGGGAAGAGGAGGGGGAGCACAUGAUGAGUCAAAGGUUGACUAGGGCUUAUUUGUGCUCAUGCACAUUAAUUAAAGCCCAAUCUAAACUGCCAAUUAUUCCUUUGUAGCCCUGCCCUACAUGCAUGGCAUUAGGUGGCCGUGGCUUCCCCACGUGGCCUUCUGAGGGAGGCUUGGCAGGCCAAAUUUAGCCUAUGGGCCAAAGGUUCCCCAUCCCUGCAAUAAGCCAUAGUUUCUCAGGAGAUGUGGAUGCAGCCAAUACAAUAAUGCCAUUUUGAUGCCUCUGCCAUGCCUAUGCUUCACAUGUGUGUGGAUGGGAGCUGGGAACUGCACGUAGUGGAGGGUCUCAUCUGUACCUUGUCACAUUGGCAUCAAGGCUUUGUAUAAACCCAUGACUCACUGCUAGGCUGUAUGCCAAGAAGAGAUUGGUUUUAUUAUGUACAGUAAAGUUAUGUAGUAUUUAGCAGACAACAAGUAAGACCAGGCCUUUUAUGUAGCUUGUUUCAUGUUGAUGCUACAUUCAUUUAAAAGCCAUUCCCGUUUACAAGGCAAAAUGCAUAUUUAGAGAGCAACACUGAACUGUAUGCUACUACAUACAAAGUGAAGUUUACAUUAUAUAUAUACGCUGGCAAUUUGCAUUCAUUUACACAUAAAUUACCUUUAAUCAAUUAAUGGGAAGAUUUUAAUGGUAAACCAUGAAGGUAAAUAUUCUCAUGCAAUGUAUGUAAAUAACAUUUCUGUUACCUGUCACUGUGAACGUCAGCAGAAGCCAAACAUUAUCUUUCAAAUUAUGCAGUACAGUUGCUAAUUAAGAAGCACAGCAUAGCUAUAGAAAGGAUGCAUAGCCUUCUAGCUAGACAGCCUCUUAUAUGACCCAGCUAUGUUGUUGUUGUUAUUAUUAUUAUUAUUAUUAUUAUUAUUAUUAUUUAUUAUUUAUACCCUGCCCAUCUGGCUGGGCUUCCCCAGCCACUCUAGGCGGCUUCCAACAAAAAUUAAAAUACAGUAAUCCAUCAAACAUUAAAAGCUUCCCGAAACAGGGCUGCCUUCAGAUGUGUAGAUCCAUUAUUUUUAUGGCUCAAUUAAUGGAGGCAGUUGUGAUCAAUGGUAAUGGGGGGACGACCAAUGAAAAAACACGUGUUUUCAAAAGGAUCUGUUUUACUGGAUCCAAUUUCUGUGUCCUAUUCUCUUCUUUUUUUGACUCAUUUGUCACCCCGUUUUCUUCCCAUUGACCGUUUCAUUUCCUUCUCCCACUUUCCCGGAUUGCCCCUCUUUCCAUCUUACCUCUCUGUUGCUCCUCUUUCUGUUCAGUUGCUCAGAUGCCAAUCUGAGGAACCCCAAAAAGGAAGUGGGAAGGAGUUCUCCUCUUCCUACUUCAGCUCUAUGCAGCUCUUAAAAGGGGGAAAGGUAGCCAUCCUCACCACUUUAUGAUAAGGGGGCAGUCAGCGGGGAGUGGGCUAAGCUCAGAGUCUUUCUCAGCACCGUUGCCCCAUGGGCAUCACAUUGGAGACCCCAACUUAAAUUGGUGCAGAAUGCAGUGUCUAGAACGCUUGUGGAGCUCGGUGGUUCGCUCAUAUUACAUCUUCUCUUCAUCAAUUACAUUGGCUGCCUGUUUUCCCCAGGCUCAAUUUAAGGCAUUAAACUUAAACGGUUUGGGACCAGGCUAGCUGAAGGACCACCUGAACUCUGGUCCAGAGGUGAGAGCUUUCAGGUUAGUUAGUAUAAGGGACAGGCCCUUUCCUGUGGCUGCAGCUCCAUAUCUGUGAAAUAGCCCUCUGCAGAGAAAUGUAUAUGGCCUCUUUUUUGUUCACCUUUUAUUUUAUUCCAGUCUGUAUUUAGUUAAUUUUUAGUGCUGGGGUUUUAUAAUGGCUUUGUUUGCUACUGCUAUUUUUAAUGUUAUUUUUAUUUUAUUGUACUUUAAUCAUUUGGAUUUUUAGUGUAUUGUGAAAGUUACAUGAUUAUGUUGUAAAUUACCUUGUGAGGAUAAAUAUCCUGAAAAGAAGAUUAAAAACCCAUUAAAAUAAAUAAAAUAAAUUGGCCAACAGGCCAGAAGAAGAAGAAGGGCCCUGAGGGAGGUUUUGAGAUUAAGAAAGCUAGGAAAAUUUCAAUAUAACCUUAUUAAAGUCUUCCCAAGAAUGCAUGUUAAACUGAGGAAAUGCAAUAGAUUUGAACUAAUAGAUCUGCCAUACAUCGAAAAGAGAAAUUUAGACAGUUUCGAGUAACAGCUUUGGUACAGUCAUAAAAUUUGCAUAUUUUAUUUCAUCUCUGCUUUCAUAACCCGAUCUCAUCAUAUGGCACUGAAAGACAUAUAAAAUAUUUAAAAUAAUGGAGCUGUGUAAUUGUCUCCUACUAUUUUGCUCCUAAUGUGAAUCUACUUUGCUGUUAAGAAGUUCAAGUUGCUGAACUGGCUGUUUGCAUUUAGGCAGGCUGAGCCCUCGAAGCAUUUCUAUAAUAAGCUGAAUUAUUCCCGGUAAUUGUGAAUGUGGGUCCAAUAAAAGCUCUCACCCAGAGCACUAUUGUUGCAGCCGGUGUCUUGUGCCACUGUUACCAUAGCUGUUAAUGUUAUUAGUGAGAUGAUAUUAAAAUGCACGUUCCUUAGUAAUAAAUCCAAAUCCCACUUUAUAAAAACCCAGCAAAUAAGCUGUUGCCUUCUCUGCGAUCAGUAGUACAUUUUCUUCUGGUCCUAGUACAUCUGCAGAUGGGCAUAAUAUUUUAAGGGACUUUGGAUGCCCAUGUUUCCACACCACUCAGAACAAUUGUCAGCUCAUCCUCCUCCCCAAGUUCAGUGGUGGCAGCACUGGCGGGGAAAAUAGAAACAUUCCAUGUUCAAAUCAGAAGCCCAGAUGGCUUUCAUAAUUCUGGGACUGUUCCUGGAAAAUUGGGGCGCUUACAGGGUAUGCACAGUGCUGUCAUGUGACUUCCAUAGGAAAACAGGAAGCAGGCUUUUACUGAGUCAGACGAUUGGUCCCUCUAGCUUAGUAUUGUCUGCUCUGACUGGCUGGUUUCUGUCAGGAGCUUUUUCAGUCCUUCCUAGAGACACCUGGGACCUGCAGGCAAAGCAAAUGUUUUGCCCCUGAACUAUGGCCCUUCCUGACUUCCACAAACCUUAAAGUUGUGUGAACACUCUCUUUGUUACUAUGUGCUUAUGAUGUCCGUUUGACACUCAAAAGCUUUGCCUGUGCCCAAUAUAGCUGAGCUUUUCCAUUCAUGGUCAGUGCUGAAAUAGAGCAGGAAAAGAAAGCUUUCCUUCUGCUGCUGUUUGUCAGUUUUAAUAGUAUGCUAGCAGAAACAAAAAAUAGCAGCAUUCUUUUGAAGCUCUGUAAGAAGAACAGAGAGUUUAAGAAAGUGCCCAGUCAAACCUCGGUUUCAAUACAGCACUGCUACUUUUGGACUAUACACAUUUUUUUUCUACUCCUGAAUAUAAUUAAAAAUGCUCCGCUAUGUGGGCAGUUCACAUUUUAUUUAAUUUUUUUUUAAAAAAAGAAAGAGGAAUGGUAAUAUAUAUAAAAAAAGAACUUCUAACAUCCUCUCCAAGGACGCAAUCAAAAAUACGCUCUUGUAAAAAUGGUAAAACCAUGUCAGGUAGACGAAGCAACAUCCUGCGAGGUUGAAACCAAUGCUCCAAGGUCUAGUUCUGGUUUCCUGAAAAGCAUAACCUAGUUUCCUGGAAAACAUGCUUCAAGGCAACUGCAUAAGUAGUUUUUACUUUUUCUAAGAAUAAUAAACUCAUGCAAACAUCUGUUCUUUGAGUCUGAGGGGGAUUGCAGCUCAGCGGAAGAGCUUGCACUUUGCAUAGGGAAGGUCCCAGAUUCAGUCUCUGGCAUUUGCAAUUAUACAGAUCGGGUAGUAGGGAGCAGGACAGAAACUUGGGAGAAUGGCCAGCGAAAGCAGGCAAUGUUGGGGGUAGAUUGGCAAGGCGUCGGCACUAAGGCCAGAGAUGUAGCUCAGCUGGUCGAGCGUGAGACUCUUAAUCUCAGGGUUGGGGGGUUCGAGCCCAACAUUGGGCAAACAAUUUCAGGGGGUUGGACUCAGAUGUAGCUCAGCUGGUCGAGCGUGAGACUCUUAAUCUCAGGGUUGGGGGGUUCGAGCCCAACAUUGGGCAAACAAUUUCAGGGGGUUGGACUCAGAUGUAGCUCAGCUGGUCGAGCGUGAGACUCUUAAUCUCAGGGUUGGGGGGUUCGAGCCCAACAUUGGGCAAACAAUUUCAGGGGGUUGGACUCAGUGGCACCUGUGGCCCCUUCCGGCUCUACAAUUCUAUGGUUUGAAUACAAGGCAGCCAUUUGUGAAGGGAAGGGUCUCCUCUGCUGAUAUCAGGUCCUUAGAAGGUUGGCAUUUUCUCACAUAUAUAGGUCCCAGGCAUUCAGGGCUUUAUUUGUCAACAUAAGAACUUUAGAUUGAGCCUGGUAUCACCAUCGCAAAUCCUGAAAUAUGGGUGCCAGUAGAAACUGGUCCGCUUGGACAAAAGGAGCACAGCACCGCCCCACCAGUCUCAUUCUGCCCUCAGCCAGCCACCACUUGCCUUCCUGCCUUCUUAAAUCCAGUACCGGAAGCGGUACUACCUGGGGGUGGUACUAGCUGUCAGCUUCUACUUCCUUAGUCUACAUGCUGCUAUUAUAGAACUCAGCAGGGAAGAGGAAGAAUGGGACAAGAUGAGAAUUAGCAGUGGUUCUGACUUCACUUAAUAUUGGUCUCCUUGCCCUACACUCUACCAGUUCCAAUGGGCACCAGCCACCACCACCAGUCAGCAAUCUAGUGACAGUAUAUGGCACUAGCUGCAGUUUUUUGGACCACCUUCAAGGGCAGCCCUGCAGAGAGGACAUUGCAGUAGUAGAAUUAGGAAGUUACCACAGCAUGCAAAACUGUGGCCUGGCUGUCCUUGUGCAGGAAAUGCCCUAGGUGGUGAACCAACUGGGCCAGGAAAAAGAUAAGCCCUGGCCACAGAAGCUGGUCCUCUAAUGACAGUGUUGCUGGGUGAAAGAAAUUAACUAACGACAUUCUUCCACAGUUUAGAGUCCUUCCUCCAUGGACUCCAUGCCUUGUUCAAAGGAGACUUUCGGAUCACAUCAAGAGAUGAAUGGGUGUUUGCAGAUAUGGAUCUGUUACACAAGGUUGUUGCUCCUGCAAUCAGAAUGUCAUUGAAACUUCAUCAGGCAAGUUUUCCUCGCUUUAUGCUUUUCUCUAGCACUAUUACCAAUAAUACUGUUUAUAUUUCUAAAUAUUAUUUUUAUAAUGAUUACCAUAUAUGGUAGCUGUAAAAAGGAGGCCCACAAUUCUCUCAAAUGGAUCAAUAAAACACAACAGUGCAGUUGUGGUUUUCUUAAACAUUUUUUGUGUAGAACUAAAAUGAUUUCUCCUGUACUUCUUGAGCCUUCUGCCUACAUGCAAACUCACCAGUUACUUAUUCGGCCAUCACUUUGCUUGUAUAGUGAAAUGAUGAGAAUGUGUUAUUAAAGCCAGUUCAUUUUAGAGUGUGAAUUGAGUUCAAGGUAGACCCUAUUUGUUUGCCACAGUUUGAGUCUCUGACUCAGAGUAGAUGUUCAGCCCAUAAACUAAUCAGAUUUCCUUCCAAAGCUUUCAAGCAAAACUUUUCAGAUCCAUUUAAAUCCUCAGGAGACUUCAGUGGGUGUGGUUUCUGCUUUUUUCUGUGUGGUGGAGGUGAUAGUAGCUGCUCUGAACUCCCUUUCCUCUAAUCAUGUUAAUCUCCAAUGAAGUCUUUUCUGAGCUGAAGUAAACAGUUUUCUGGCAAAUCUCAUGGGGAGCAAGAUUGCAUACGCCUCUGCCAACAACCUCCAUCUUCUUCACAGAACUUUUUGAUCAUAGCAAUGCCUUUUCAUUUAAUAAAAGGACCAGUUUACCUGUCCGGAUGAAUAUGAGGAUCCUGCCAUCCUUUAUGAGGCAAUUCAGUCAUUUGAAGAAAAAGUGGUAAUCUGCCAUGAAGGUGAUCCUGCCUGGCGUAGUGCUGUUCUCUCAAACAAAGAGGAGCUUCUCACUUUGAGGCAUGUGGUGGAAGAAGGGACAGACGAAUACAAAAUUAUUAUGCUCCACAAAAGCUACUUAAGCUUCAAAGUGAUCAAGGUACCACAGCUGCAUAAUUUUCAUUGUUUUGCUCUUAUGCUCAUAAUAUGUCUCACACACACACACAAAUAAAUGAAUAAUGAUUGCCUAAAAAGAUGUCCCCUGUCAUGGACACACCAAUUAGGAAGGUCGACAAGAAUCAUAUUCUCUCUUUAAAAAAGAAAAAGAAAAGAAAAUACAUAGGAAAUUCCUGACUGCUCAGAUACAACUAAGUGCAGGGCAACCUAGAGACUUAACCAUAUAGUGAUACAAACCCACAUUAUCUGCACCUCUGGAAAUUACUCCCUGUGCUUCAAUAUAAAGCUAAGUAUCUUGUGUUUCUUUCCUUCUUUAUCUUAUUAUUAUAGUAAGAAACAAUGCAGAAAAAAAGAUAAAAUACAGCUUUAAAAAAGAAAAUUAACAAUGUAUCAUCACACAAAUAACAAUAUAUGAUUAACAUACUGUUGAAAGUCUACCUGUGAUCAUUUCAUUUUUCCUGAAUACAGGUGAAACUCAGAAAAUUAGAAUAUCGUGGAAAAGUUCAUUUAUUUCAGUAAUUCAACUUAAAAGGUGAAACUAAUAUAUGAGAUAGACUCAUGACAUGCAAAGCGAGAUAUGUCAAGCCUUUAUUUGUUAUAAUUGUGAUGAUCAUGGCGUACAGCUGAUGAAAACCCCAAAUUAACAAUCUCAGUAAAUUAGAAUAUUAAAUGAAAUCAGCAAAACAAGGACUGCAAAUAGAGCAGUAUUGGACCUCUGAGAAGUAGAAGCAUGCACAAGUACUCAGAACUUGGUUUGGGCCCCCUUUGCAUCAAUUACUGCCUCAAUUUGGGGUUUUCAUCAGCUGUACACCAUGAUCAUCACAAUUAUAACAAAUAAAGGCUUGACAUAUCUCGCUUUGCAUGUCAUGAGUCUAUCUCAUAUAUUAGUUUCACCUUUUAAGUUGAAUUACUGAAAUAAAUGAACUUUUCCACGAUAUUCUAAUUUUCUGAGUUUCACCUGUAUUUUAUUUAUCACAUUCCUGAUAGUGCAUGUGGUUGAAGUUUUUCUUGCAUUCUGUUGCACCAAUGCUUUACAGACAUCAAGAAACAAUCUGUUGAUUUGUCUGUCUUCCCCUGCCCUUCACUAUCUGAGUAAAUGUUACCAUAUACAAAGAGUUAUUACUUUUCCCCAGUGAAGAUGGAUGAGUGUAUGUACUGCAGUUAACAAAUGGAUUACCAUAUUAUUACUGACACAUAUUAUUUGUUCCUGUGUAUAUCCUGUUGAGCCUUGAAGUUGUUAAAUACCAUCGAAAAACAAAUGCAUAAAGCUUUCCUUUAAGAUUUGCGCUUAAGGUGUUUUGGGGAGCAUAUUGGCAUAUCCAUAUGUUUGCUUUUUAGGUUAACAAGGAAUGUGUCCGAGGGCUCUGGGCUGGACAGCAACAGGAACUGAUAUUUUUACGCAACCGCAACCCAGAGCGAGGCAGCAUCCAGAACAACAAGCAGGUUUUGAGAAACCUGAUUAACUCCUCGUGCGACCAGCCUCUGGGGUACCCUAUGUAUGUUUCCCCUUUAACCACAUCCUAUAUAGGGACCCACAGACAACUGAAGAAUGUUUGGGGUGGACCAAUUAGCCUGGACAACAUCAAAAGAUGGUUCAGAAACAAGUGGCUUAGGUAAGCUGGUGGCACCGCAGCAGAUGUUCAGUCACAUCUGGAAAUGAGUUUGUGUGUGUGUUCUUUUGUAGGGGGAGCAGGGCUCUCAAAAUGUAUAAAUUGCUUGGGUGACAUACAGCUUUUUCCCUUUAGCGUCCUUCACUCCAGCCCAAGGUUUGUGUACACCUGAGUUGGGUCAGAAGAGAAAGUGCCUGCCCUCCCUUUAAACAAGUGUGAAGGCUCUGUGUGCUGAACUUCUUGUUCUGUUAAAACAAAAUAGAGCAUCUCCUUGUUGUUGCAUUUGCUGCUUUCCUGGAGCUCUUCAUUUCAGGAAUUAAAGCACGGUGCAAUCCACAGGGCCUUGUGUUUACUCUCCUUAUAGUAUUUAUUUGCCACCAAGUAAACAGGUGGCACUGUGGGGGACUUGGGUGGCGCUGUGGGUUAAACCACAGGGCCUAGGACUUGCCGAUCAGAAGGUCAGCGGUUCGAAUCCCCACGAUGGGAUGAGCUCCCAUUGCUCGGUCCCUGUUCCUGCCAACCUAGCAGUUCAAAAGCAUGUCAAAGCGCAAGUAGAUAAAUAGGUACCACUCCGGCGGGAAAGUAAACGGCGUUUCCGUGCGCUGCUCUGUUUCACCAGAGGCGGCUUAGUCAUGCUGGCCACAUGACCCAGAAGCUGUACGCCGGCUCCCUCAGCCAAUAAAGCGAGAUGAGCGCCGCAACCCCAGAGUCGGUCACAACUGGACCUAAUGGUCAGGGGUACCUUUACCUUUAAAGUUAACAGAAAAAGUAAAAAACGGUUGUACACACAUAUAAAUGUUUGAAUGCUAAUGAAACCAUAAAAUCUUACACAACAUAAAACUCACAAACUGAAAGUAACAACCAGAAAACAGAAGUUGACAGCAGUACAGUGCCAAACUACAGAACUUACAAAAAUACGUGGGUGGGGAAAUAAAAAGUGCCUUCAGCUGGUGCCCGAAAGGCCAACAUCAUCUGUGGAAGGCAUUCCAUUGCUGGGCUGCCACCACAGAAAGGGCCCUGUUUUACAUCUGUUCCUCUGCUUCAGUCAUUCUGGUCUUGAGUCAUCGUUGCCUGCUGAAUUCCUUGCAUUUCCUAUAUUCAGGUAGCUGCUAACUGACUGAGGGAGGCUCACUGUGACAAAGUGUCCUUCAUGAACAAUGGAAGACUUUUCCCUUCCUCACUGCUGUGAGUCCUUUUUUAUAGCCAGCUGUGGGUGCACCUGACAAUUUUGGGUUCCCCUUUUGUUCCCUUGUAUGUUAAACAGGAUGCGGAAAGACUGCCAUCCAAGCCACAACAGUGGAGGAAACCUUGAGGAAGGAGCGAGUAGAAAUGGAUCUUCCAGCAGCAAUCCAGUUAAUAAUUCAAGUCAGAGCAGCAGCACCCAGCAUACGAGGAACAGCACACCCCAGCUGCAGCCAUCUUUAAAAGUUGCUCAGUUUUCAGGUAUUUACACUAUUCAUUUAUUUUACUUUUUUGCUUUACAAUAUCUAUCAGGGGGAGUGCAGCAAAGGUAAGAUUCGGUUCAGGACCCUCUUGGGUGCUUCAGAAAGUGGGCCAGUUCAACUUGGACUGCUUUCAGGAAUGAUCUGCUUCUCCCUGGAUCCGAAUCGGAACCUCACUUUGGAAAAUCCGCAGUCUUUUAUAUCUCCUUAUUGACUUACACAGGUGUCAGGUGUGGAGGUGGUUGCUCGCGAGUAACCAGGCAGGACUCCGACCUGUCUUUUACAGGUUUUAUUGGUGCAAACUACUUACAGUGCAGAACCCCAAAGUUCAUGUCCGUCGCAGGCACUUCCAGAUUCUGGGAGUGCCCCUUUCUGGUUUCUCCCCCAGCAUAAGAACUUAGACACCCCAAAUCUCCACCUCCCCUCCUUACGUUUCACCCCUCUGCGCAAGCAGGGUGACGGAAGCGGCAUGGGUGCCUCCUGGCUGGCUGGGCUAGGUGAGGCGCUUGGGCUCUCCAUCGCAUUUUUGAGCCCUCCCUUCACCUGGCUACCCCCUUCCCCCUCGGCUCCACUGGAGGUGUGGCUUUCUCCACCGCCGGACGAGGAGCUGCUUCUCAAAAUUGCCGGAGGCUCUCUGUAUCCCCCUGCGUCCCUGCCCCGUCCCCUGACAACAGGCAAAUGAACAAAUGGCUAUAACCUUUUGACCAAACUGGGUGGCAUUGGCUGGGGUACUACUCAUUUCUGAGCAGUUGAAGAUGGCUAAAGAUCAGACAAAUAGGUGCAGAAGUUUCUAUGAUACUUUCUAUGAAUAUCUCUUUAUGUGGCAUUGCAGGGAUGAAAUGGUCCAGUAGGAGAUAUUGGAUUUGUUGAACCUUCAAGUUGGCUGCAUUUGCCAUAUUUAGGUAUAGAUUCUACAGCUACUUGCUGAAACUUCAAGUCCUUGCCAUUAAUAGGCAAGGCUGGAAAUGAUCUUCCCCUAAAUGAAAACUGCAAGAUUAGAAUUGCUGCUGCGUCUUCUAACUUGGCCUAACUGAACACGUAUGACUGUUUAUUCUUGUAAACUGGUGCUGGAAUAAUUGGGAAGGCAGGCUUAAUUGCAAUAUAAUAAUCAUGAGAUGCCCAAGUGGGUUUAAAUGUUUCUUAAUUUAAUAUUUAAUUAUAUUGGCAUCUGCAAAAUUUGGUUAUAGUUGUUUUUUAUGACCUGAGUGGAACCAGGCGCAAUGGGAGUGGGUUAGAUGCCUUGAAAAAGUGUCUUAAGUGUAUAGGGGAGCCUUUGUUUCCUAAAUGUUUGCAGAUAUUUGGUUAUUUAUGUGCAAAUAUGGGUGGUCUACUGUACAGCACUGCAACCAUUUAAUUAAAAGACAAAUAUGCAAUAUUUCUGGACAGUGGUCAGCUUAGCUGCUGAAAUUGUGAACAGAUGUUUGGCCACACUUGACUGUGAACAUCAGAGUACCAGAUUCCCUUGUUUCACUUCCUAGCUGUAAUUUUUUUAUAUAAAGGUAUUAACAUUAAAAUAAUCAACAGACUCAGAAACAGAAUUUAAUCCAGACUCUGAGCUUGAAGAAGCGAAUGUUCAAAAAAAGCGUAUUGUUGCAGCAGAAGUUUGCUGUGAAGGCCUGCAUCUAAUUACAAUUUAAAGUGGAAGAUUCCCUCCAGUUCUCUUCCAAACUGCAGCGCUAUCUGAGGAUGCAUGUUCAAAGGUGUGCCAGAUGAUUAAUAGCGUUGCGCCUCUUUAAUAGGAACCACAGGGCUUAGACUCGGGGGCCACCACAACCUGUCAUGCCAGCUCUGAAAAUAGGCUGUUUGUUAUUUUAAGCAGAAAAGGUAGAAAUGCUUACUGGUGCAUUGCUAAUAGGUGAGCAAGAUGCACAUCCAGUUAUGUAUUGCUGAUUUUAAUGAUUUUUUAAAAAUUUGUUUUAAAUAGUUUGUCUUUACUGAUAAUUUUACUGUUUUAUUAUUUUUUGUAAGCUGCUUUGAGAGUUUUUUUUUUACAAUCACUUAGUAUAUAAAUUUUAUGAGUAAUGUAUAUAAAUUUACACACACACCCCAAAAGUGGCUAGGCUACUCAUUAAACAGGAACAGCGUUAACAGUAUAUGUGCAUUGCAUUCCGUCAGCAUCCCACGAGGUUAAGUUCCCUGUUUCACUAGAGAAUAGUGGAUUGCUUUUUAUUUACCAGAAGAUGACCUCACAUUUGCGAUGACAGCAUGUAGCUUGUUUUGCUACUAGUCAUGUCAAAAGCCCUAAAGGGGUUUGAUUCUUUCUCGGCUUAAGCAUAUAACCAUGACCAUUGGUUCAAUUCCAGUUAGUGUGAAUGAUUUAUAGAUUUUGCUAUUACUGGAAUAUUUUAAUUUUAAUAAAUAGAAUUAUUCACAGAAUCGCCGAGUGGCCUGCAUUACUUGCAUAUUAUUAUAUUGCAAUGUGAGCCAGUCUCUCCUUUUGACUGCUACUACUUUUUACUAUCCAAGAACUCCUUCUCGUGACAGCAGGGGAGAUUUCCAAUUGCAGCUGAGCCUCUGAAGUCAUUUGCUCCAACCCAGACCUUUGAGCUGCUAUACUAGUAAUGUUAAAUCGGGAUGCUUCGGCAGGUGCCCUUGUGCUGGUAUUGCAAGCUGAUACAGGUACUCUGAUGCAACUGUAUAUCUCAGUGUCCUGAAUUAGAGCUGCAUCACGAGAGCAUCUCACACAAAGCCUGUGCAUGGCCCACAUUUAAGGACUGGCUGUGUCUGCGCAGCAUCGUCAGAGCAACUCCAGGUGACUCAAAGAGUUAACAGUGCUCUUUUGUUAUGAGUUUCAUCAUCACCAUCAUUUUAUUUGUAUACCGCCUUUCCAUAGUUGAAACUAUGCUCAAGGCGGCUUAUAACAUGACAAGAUUUACAUAAUUACAAACAUGACAGAAGUCAUAAACAAUAAAUGAGACACAUCAAAAAAGUACACAACCGAACGGAAACAAUUUCCACGUAAAUCAUAAGAUCUAAACUAAAGAUGCAACAAUAAUAUCAAUAAACAAUACUCCAGCCCAAGAAUCUGUUCAGCAGCUUCAGCUUUUGUAGCUGGAGUCAGUCAGCACUCCACUCUCCCAGGCCAGGUGGGAGAGGGUCAGCAAGACAGGGUGCAGAUCUUCCAGGGCUCACAGCCAAGAUGAAAAACAAUUUAAAAGCAGCUGCAGUCCUUGUGAAGCCUGUCAAUCCCUGCUCCAAGCCAGGUGGAAAGAGGCAAGGGCAGGGUUCUUCAAGCCCUCAGCAGGCAGUCCUCCUGGGCAGCAACAGCAGCAGCAGUCCUUAAGAGCCUGAGUCUGCUGUGCACAAGGUACCUCUGGGGCUGUUGCUUUGUUGGGUUUGUUUGCUUCCCUUCCUCCAAAAAGCUCCAGGCAGCAGCUGUCAGGUUGGUCAACGUUUAUUCCCACACAACAGCCCUGUGAAGUAGGUUAAGCGGAUGGACACACCCACACCCACACCCCUACCUGAACUUAAAGGCUGAGUCAGUGUGAACCCAAGUCUCACCCAUUAAAGCCCAACACUUGAACUCCUGCACUAGACUGGUUUUUGGUGUCCCUCCAAGCCCCUAUGUACACAUAACUAGAUGGGGGCUUCAAGAGGUGCAUAGGAUUGAAAAUAAAUUUCUUGCAGGAUUGCUGAGCAAAACUUGCUGUUCGUGUGCAGAGAAGCAAAAGAUGACCCAUAAGAGUUCCUAGGAAGCUAAUGACUAUUACAUGCUACAGGGAUAAGGAAAUGUUGCACUCCGGCUGCUGUUAGACUCCAGUUCCCAUCAGACCCAGUCAGCACAGCUGACAGUGGGGGCAGAGGCAAUUCUAGGGUGGUGUGACUGGUGCGGCAGCACUGGGUGCUGCCCUGCAGAGGGUGCCACAGCAAUGCUGUAGAGCAGAGCACAAGAGAAUUUUAGCGUUACGCAGGGCACCACUGAAAUUGGAGGGCCCAAAGUCUGCCACUGGUGGGGGAUAAUCAGAAUUGUGGUUCAGCAACAUGUUGGUUCCCUGUCCGUGUCUUGCAAAUCUGCUAGUCCACAGUAAUGGCUGUGACAUCAAAAGAUCUGGGCGGUGAACAUUUUAAUUUAUUUGAAUAACAGAGCCAAUGUUCAGUGUUGCUUUCAAAACACAGGUAUAAAAGCAGCAUGGGGAAGCCACAAAUGGCACAUGUAAGAUCCCUGCUGUUAAUGUUACAGAGACAUUUGCUCAAGCAGAUGUUCUGGGCAUUCAGGACUUGUUUGUUUAUUGUCUAAACAACUCAUAUGGAAGAGGCGAAAAGAAACCUAGAUAUUACUUCCACAGUUAAAUUACUCCUGCUGCUCAGUUAACCUCUUCCCAGUUCAGCGAGUACAGCCAAGGCACUCCAAGGGGAAAUCUUCGCUUCUCCACAGUCGUAAGGACAAUUAAUGUGAAGAGCAAGGCACGGGGGUGUGUGUUUCAAAUAGGUCAACUCAGUACUCCUUUCUGGUACCAACAAUAAAGAUUCACUACAUUCUCAAGCCUCUCUGUUCAGAGGUCCAGUGUCAUUCUGCUCAACCUUCUCUUGUUUCGUGGUCUUAAGCGUAUAGUCAUUGUAUUGGUAAUGUUUACACUGGUGCUUUCUGUCCUCUUUUGGUGACCCUUCCCUGCUCCCAAUACUUUCCCCUCGCUCUCAUCUCAUUCCAUGUUUGAGACUGAGCAAGCCAGCAGAUGGGCAAUCACAUCUAAAAUCUGUAAGGUAGAGUUAUGCUUGCACAAGCCCACCUCCGAGGUAAGUCCCAACCCAUUCAGAUCAGUGAGAAAUAAAUUAGGGCUUAAGAGUGAGUCAACUUUCUCUGAAUCCGAGCCAAGGGAUGGUGACCAUUGCUUAUAAGACUGUGUUCCUGUGCCAAAGCUGGAAUCCUAAAGAUACUUGGAGACUUGGAAGCGAGUCUCAUUGCAAUCCGUGGGAAUUACUUUCAAUAAAGCACAGUUAAGAACUGCUGUAAAAGUCUUCGAUGUUUUGCCAUGGAAUUGCAUUGGAAUGGAUGCAUAGUUUGGAUGAUGUCACCUACUAACUAGUUGGCCAGAUUGCCAGUAGCACUAUAAUUUUCUGUAUCCCGAAAGCUCUUUGGGAUUUUCAGGAUAAAAAACGUUUAAUUGUUAUCCUUGGUACUUCCUACUGUGCACUAAUUGGAUCGAGGCGGUACAUUUUGAAGGCUAUUGCUGGAGCUGUCAUUUCCCAAAAUAAUCCUUUCUUCUCUCCCUCUCUCUCACAGGCAGAAGAAAGUUCAGGAGCCAGUCUGUUCAGACACACGCUGCUUUAAACCAAAGGCCCCCUCGUUCGAGUCAUUCUGGUCCUAUCGUAGACAGCCACCAGCCAUUCAUCCAGACCUCCACUUCUGCUCAUGAAAUUGCCCACGGGCUUUCUGGCAGCCAGCUGUCCUUCCACAAUUCAGCAACCUCCGUCUUCUCCCAGACUCCUGCCAUCCCUACCCUGGGCCAGCUCACUGUGCAGGAGAGAGCUGGCGCAAUGCUCCGCUCAAGCCUGGCUUCUUCCACCAGUUCAACGCUCAGCCUUUUAUUUGGCAAGAGAAGCUUUUCGAGCGCUUUGGUUAUUUCCGGGCUCUCGGCUGCCGAUGGAGGAAACACCACAGACACCCAGUCGUCCAGCAGCGUUAACAUCGCAAUGGGACCGUCUGCUAGAGCAGCAAGCCGUACUAUGCAAGAGACCACGCGGGUAAGAAAAGGCUACCAGAAAUGCCGCUGGCGGGUAUUUUUCUAUUGACUCGUUCACCCCAGUGCCCCACUUAGUCCACGCAAGCCUCCUCCUCGCUAUGUGGAGUGUGGAAGCAAUAAAGAUUUUGAUAAAGAGCAGUUGAGCAACUCCCUCUCUGUUGGGAACAGAACACUACUUGUAUUAAUAUCACAUCAUCUGAGAUUACCAGAUGGAGACAAAGUAGUGGAGUAUUAUAAAAGGAUAAUGGAGGUCUCAGAGCUGUCAUGUCAAAUAAGGCACGGGAUGCUUUCCUCAGGAAUAGAUUGGCAUCCUAAUACUACAAGUCUGCUGUAAAUUUGGCAAGCUGGCUGGCGCUGUGACAUUCUUGCUCCGCUUUUCCAGUCAGAAGCAACCCAAAACCCGUUUGCUAAAUAUGGUAUUAGGGCUUAAUAAGCUAGUGAUUUAAGGGAUCCUUGCCAACACUGCAUCUUUCCCUGCUUUGUCUCGGCAAAAGCCAUAUCAAAUACUGUAAUGCAACAGGCCUUCCAUCAAUGAUUGCUCUGUUGUGGCUGGGGUAAAAUUCCAGCCCAGAAUUUACAUCUUGGCCAGGAUCUAAACAUGAGCUUAUCUAAGAUGCUUCCAGGGGUGCAAACGGAUGCAACCGAUUUACCAUUCUUCCUCCCACCCUCUAUGUGCUCCUGUGGAUGGACUCUGACAUCUCCAGGAACAGCUUUUUUUUAUUCAAUUAUUUAUUUAUUCCAAUUAUUUAUAUCCCACUCUUUGGCUGGAAAAGCUCCCAGAGUGGCUUACAAAGCAAUGCAACACAGAGGCGUUUGGGGGGACGGGACCAAGGUGAAAACAUAGACCUAGACAUCCUUGGUGCCUAUUAUUUAUUUAUAUCCUGCCCUAUACCCAGAGGUCUCAGGGCAGUUCACAAAACAGAUCACAAUAUAUAAAAUUAAAAUAAAACAAUAACCCAAUAAUAUAAAAUAAAACAUAUAAUUUAAAAUAAAACAAUAACCCCCCCCCCCCCAAAAGAGCCAAAUUUUAAAAGGGUAUAGGAUGUUGAUCAGGUCAACCAAAGGCCUGGUUAAAAAGGAACAUUUUUGUCUGACACCUAAAGCUGUAUAAUGAAGACACCAGGCAAACUUCCCCGGGGGGAGCAUUCCACAGACGGGGAGCCACUGCAGAGAAGGCCCCGUUCUCGUGUUGCCACCCUCCAGACCUCUCAAGGAGAAGGCACAUGAAGGAGGGCCUCAGGAGUUGAUCUCAGGGUCCAGGUAGGUUCAUAUGGAAAGAGGCAGUCCUUGAGGUAUUGUGGUCCUGAGCUGUUUAAGGCUUUAUAGGUCAAAACCAGCACUUUGAAUUGGGCCUGGAAACUAAUUGGUAGCCAGUGCAGUUGGACCAAGAUUGGUGUAAUAUGCUCAAACUGCCCAUGCAGAAGAGUACAUGCCAAUUGUUCUAAAACACCAUUUCAAAGGUUACUUAAGACACUGCUGACUCAAUCUCCUUUUCUCUUUUAAAAGCAAUCGUCUGAGGAUUAUGAAGCAACUGACACGAGUGAAUCCAGACAGCGAAGAGAUCUGGGUGCUGCGCAUGCUCUUCUGAUGAGCCACAUGCUGGAAUGUAGGAGAGCCAGCCAAGAGGACAUGGCGUUGGAAGACACAGGUUCCCAACACAGUCUUUCAGAAGAGCAGUAAAGAAUCCACUUUCAGCAAGGGCUAAAGCUCUGUUCACAUGACAUCAAAACACAUCUAGCUUCACGUCCCAGACAAAAUGUUAAGGUUAUUCCAAGUAUAACAAAAAGCAAACAAACACAACACAAAAUGUAAAGUAUCUAUUUUUUUAAUUCUUCAGUGAAAAAUAUUACAAUAUAGAAGCAGGAUGUUCUACGAUUGGCAUUUAGUGCUAUCCAAAAGCGCUGCGCAACGUCAUCUCAAGUUCAUGAAAAUUCAAAUGCGAUCUGGAAAAAAACGUCAACAACCUGUCUUGACUUUCCUUCCCCCGAAGUGCUAAUAUUUUUCAGAUGGAACUUGGAAAAGAUUUGAGGAGGGAGCGAGAACACACAUACGUGGAACUAAGACUGAAAGCAACAGAAACUCUGAAUGCAUCUCCGUGAAAAAGCACAUCAACAUCUGUCUCUUGUUGUAACCAAACAGAUGAUUGCAUGCUAAAUAACUGGCAUUUUAUACAUAAUGCAUCAGAAACGAUUUUUUUUAAAUUGAAGCAAUGAAUAUGUAAUAGGAGAGAAAACUGCAUACCCCAACAUUAGUAUGCAGAAUCUUUUUUUUUAAAAAAGGAAAGUCAAAAGGAAGGCCUCAUUCUUCUGUUUGUUUGAAGUGUUAUGCAGCUGACAAUUAUGUGCCGCAACAUAUUAAUCCAGAAGGUGGCCCACUGCAUGCAGUCAUAAUGAAAUAGUAUAUGAAAGUGCCAGGCUGCACAUUGCCGUAAACCAAAUAUAGCCAAUGCAUGAAAAGCCUUCACAAAGCCAACGGUGCUCCUUAUUUGCAAACAAAGCUGCUUUUUCUAAAAGGACUGCAUAGCCUUGCAGUCCUGAUUUGGUUGGCAGAAAUUCAUGCCUAUUUCUGAAACCAAGAGACUCAAAAGCACUACGAUGCUCUUUCACAUACACAAACACAGACAAACAUGUCAAAUUAUUAUUAUUUUUUUUGUAAUUAAAGACUUUAC